AUGAUGGUUUUGUGUUAUGGUGUGUUCAAGCUUGAGAAGCUGGGUCGAGACCCAUUUGCAGAGACGUUGCUAGUGCAAGUGGAUCAAGCUUUCAAUCGCCAGAUCUUUUGUCGAGCCAAUCCCACGGUGGUGCCGUGCCUUCUCCCAAAGGGCAAGUACAUAGUGACAGGACGAUGGACCGUCUUGUCUGGCCAGGAGAAAAUGGCGUUGCAGGGGAUAUCUCCUUCUGAGAUGGAGACCUACAGCUUCACCGAGCUUUCGGACUGGAAACAGUCAGAUCUUGCCGGCAAUGCGUGGGCUGCUCAGCCACAGGGCUCAUGGCUGGCGGAAGAGAUAGUCUCCAAAGUGAUUGGGGGUAAGCGUUUGCUGAGAGAGUGUGAGAGAGAGAGAGAGAGAGAGUGA